CCUUACAGUACUAUGAGAUGUGAGAGUGAUCAGUGAAGGCGAUUGAACAUAAUCGACGUGAAGAUUGAAUAAAAGAAGGAAAAGAGAGAGAGAGAGAGAGAGAGAAGGAGAUCGAUAAACUAAAAACGAAAUGAGAAGUAAACUUUGUUAGACUGUUAAUGCAUCGACUUGCAACUAUGUUUCAACGGAGUCUGCUAUGUUACUUGUUCGCUGUGGUAUUGGUAGCUGUGGCAGGAGGAGAGAGGAGCCAAUACAGUGGAGAUACAGUGGACUACAGAGAUCUUCAGUUACCGCAAUUACAGGAUGAGGAAGACGACCCACAGCAGACGAUAAGGAUAAAGACGGUGGAGACGAUCUUAGUACACGACGCAGGCCACAGGCAGAUGGUAUUAGUGGCCGUGCUUGGGGCGUGCGUGGGGCUUCUGGGAGGCUUCAUUAUAAUGGUCCUUCUCUUCUGCUGCUGGCACUUCAUGAUAAGGAGGUUUGUGGGUGUGGCUGUACAGGGCCCCAGGCCUGUUAUUGGGGUUUAA